GCAUUAUUUAUGUGCGUGUCUGUAAAGACUGAAUUGUAUUUUUGAAUUGCAAAUUUCCUUUUUAUACUUUUAAUGAACCGUGACGUCGCAAGUCGCGUGCAAGUCUUGCAAUUUCAAACGACGGCCACGACAUGUGCGGUACAAGAUUUGAAUCGCGAUUUGUAUUGUUAUACUCUUCGAACAAUCCGAUAAAGAAGUUCCGGAUUCAUAUAUUGCCUGGAUUUUUACGGGGUUUGUGAUAUUGUUCGCGGAUCUUGCAUCUUAAUGGUCGAUAAAAUUUUUUUUUUUCAAAAGAAAGGUAAUAAAACCAUAAAAAUUAUCAGUGAAAUACGCGCGGGUGUAAUAAACAAACUCGUGCGUAGUCUAUGCUUAACUCGAAGUACAUGUCAAAUUCGCAAGAUGGCGUACGGCGUGCGGAGAAACGUCUGAUAUGGCGUAUGGCGUCUAAUUAGUCGAGGCUGGUCGAAGAGAUGCAAUACUGACUUGCACAUGAAAAAUUUUAUAGGAUUAUUCCGAGAUCCCGUUGUGAUCUAGUUGUGUGUUAAAAAAAAAAAUCCUCAUCAACCGUAAUCAAAGUGCUGCGAGUGAUAAGUAGAGCUCAAUUUUUUGGAGCAUUUACACAGUUGUAUAUUUCACGUACCGAUUAUAUACUGUGAAAAAUAUCUGUACACUCGUACACAUUUCUCUCUUUCUCCCUGAAUUUGUUAUUUAUUGUAUUGAUAAACCAUGGCAGCAGAUGAAUCAUGGAAAACAACAAACUUUCGGCAAAGUGUACUUACAAAAAUAGAUGAAGCUAUUCAGUUGUCAGGAAUGACAACAACAAGAAACAGCAUUGAAAUGGAAAAUCAUAUUUUUUUAAAGGCAAAAACUAAGGAAGACUACUUGGGUUUUAUUGCCAGAUUAAUUCUUCACAUCAAAGAAAAUACUAAAAAAGGUGCAACUGGUACUGCAUCUGGUACUGGUGGCGGUAACAAUCAGGGCAUGCCAGAUCCAAUUGGUGCUCUUCAAACACUGGCUCGGCAAGGAACAGGAAAUAAUCAAAUGAUGGCGGGUCCAGGUCCCAAUCAUCAGAAUAUCAUUCCACAGCAACCUGCAAAUACUGCAACUAAUCUUUUACAAAGCUUAAAUCAACGACCUGGACAACCAAUAAACAUGCCUGGUAUGCAAAACAAAAUGCAAGGAAUGGGUAUGAUGCCAGCUCAAACUGGUGGUCCAAUGAAUCACAUGAACCAGAUCCAAACUAUGCAAAACAAUUCUAUGCUGACUCAAAUUAAUCAGAUAGGACCAGGAAAUAUUCCUCAACAAAUGAAUCAAAUGGUGCAGGGACAAAUGGGCCAACUUGCAAGUGGACAAAUGCAACAAAAUAUGCAGCCACAAAUGCAGAAUCAAUUACCAAAUCAAUUAAGCAAUCAAAUGGUGGGACCAAUGGGCACCAUUCAAACUAGUAUGCCGCAACAAAUGAAUCAAAUUGGCCCCGGGCAAUUGAGUUCAAGUCAAAUGCAACAGCAAUUAAAUCAUAUUCAAAGAAAACCAGGUGAAAUGAUGAAUACUGCAUUUCCUGGUCCACGUAAUGUUACACCGAAUCAAUUCUUACGACAAAGUCCAUCUCCUUCCGCUCCAAGCCCGGCUGGUUUAGGAGCGCCAUCAAGCAAUCAAAUGGUAGCCUCGCCUGCUUUGGUUCCAUCGCCAAGUUCUCAGCAUACUAUCCUUACAGGGCCAUCUCGUUCUGUAAAUUCCAUCGGUAUGGCACCAUCUCCAAGUAGUUCGUUGAAUACUCCGGGAGGUGUUGGUGCCACACCGAGUCCUCAGCAAGAAGAUCAGGCAUAUAGAGACAAAGUCAGGCAAUUGAGCAAAUAUAUAGAACCAUUACGAAGAAUGAUCUCUAAAAUGAGCAGCGAAGGAAAUGUCGAUAAGCUCAGCAAGAUGAAGAAACUUUUGGAGAUUCUGUCGACUCCUAGUAAACGUAUGCCUUUGGAUACGUUAUUGAAGUGCGAAGUUGUUCUGGAAAAACUAGAUUUUAAAAGAGGAGACGGUAGCGUAGGACCACCGGUGACAACACUGAAAGAGCAUCAGAUUUUCAGUCCGCUGUUAGAAUCCGUGAGCCAACAUCUUCAAAGUCCAGUGAUCAAUCAUACGUUACAACGAACGUUUGGACCUUGCCUAGAUGCUUUAUUCGGACCCGAGAUAAAAAACUUGCCGUCCUCGUUGAAAAAAGUAAAAAUAGAAGAUUCGCCUAGUGAAAUACCAGACGUAUUGCAAGGAGAAAUAGCCAGAUUGGAUCAACGCUUCAAGGUCAGUCUAGAUCCAGCGCAGCAAAGUGGAUCGAAAUGCAUACAGCUGAUAUGUUGGCUCGACGAUCGUCAUCUUCCGUGCGUGCCACCUAUCUCUGUGACGGUUCCGGCAGAUUAUCCUUCGACGCCGCCUCGCUGUGUAAUGACGCCGCACGAAUAUGAGGCAACCGCAUUCUUGUGCGCCGUGCAAAAAGCCUUGAACGCUCGCAUUGCCAAACUGCCACGACGUUUCUCACUCUCUCAGUUAUUAGACACAUGGGAGAUGAGUGUGCGUCAAGCUAGCGCACCAAAGGAAACAUCUAUUACUGCCAGUACAGUGUUAAUGGGUUUAUAAUUAUUGUUUUUAUAUAUACUGAAUUUAUAGUUAUAUAUUAAAUUAAUUCUUUCUCUGAACUUUGUGAUUGUUUUAAUCAAUUAUAGAUUAGCAAGAUAAUUGAUUGUACGAUGAACUCUAAGAAUUGUAAAUACUACAUUUAUCUUUCGUAUGAUCAUUGAUUGUUCAUUAUUUUUAUUUCGAGUAUUUGUCUUGGCCUUCAAAUUUCUCUAAAUCAUAUUUAAAAAAUGAAAAUAAUAUG